CGUGCUGUGAGCAAGAGGCGACAUUACGAAUAUUUGGAGGAGUCCUUCUCGCCCUCUCGCAACGAACCUGCUCUGCAAUCAAGCUAUCGCACUUCCUGCUUGAGCCGCCUUCCACGAAACAAUGGCCUUCAUCAUCCUCGCUUACAAGGGCCGCCAGGUUCUCGUGGCCCGACCUCAGUCUCUCAGCCAACUCCAGAGCACCGUCCUGGAGAUUUUCGGCACAGAUGGAAAGAACCUCCGUCUUUCCAUCGUCUACGCCGAUCCGAAGGGGACCAGGAGCCUAGUAGAGCUCCAUACCUCAAGCUACAAUAUCGUCAAGGACGGCGAUAUGAUCUUCCUCGCGAACGCCAAAGCCAUCGCCAACAAACCAGCCAAUACCGGAACUCAGCAGGCGGUGCCUUCGACGUCAACCGAGCAGCCUGCUGGAGAUGUGCAGAUGACAACCAAGAUUACCACCAGGGAGUCACUCUUGGAAAUUGCACCCGAGGACCGUCAUCUUCAUGUUGACUUCGCUGAAUUUCUUAGGCACAAUCGCGGCAAUUAUGGGAAUACCAAAGAGGCUCACCAAGAGCCUUUCUACUAUAAAGGCAUGCCGGGGUAUGAUUGAUGCUCGCACACAUCACAACACACAAUCACACCGCAUCGCAGUACAAAAAGCACCAUGUCUUUGCAGUCGGAUAGUGGCUACAGCCGCUAUCAAAGACCAAAGGAGGCAUCGUGCCCUCCCGAUUCGGCGGAGCUUGUGUCUCAACACGUGCUCGAAG